AUGCUGAUGUUUGAUCCAGUUCCAAUCAAGCAGGAGGCCAUGGAGCCCAUGCAAAUGCCAUAUCAACCCAGCUACAUAGAGCCACUGAAGACAAAUAAAUACAGCGUCAUUUAUCCAACCCCAGGCAUGCUGCACAGUAAGCUCUACCCAUGCACUGAAGCAUUUCCUGGUUUCCAAAUAGAGCCGGUGGAUCUCACAACCAACAAAAGGAAUUCACCACCCUCCGCCGGAAGCUCCCCAUCUCCUGUCAAAUACCAGUCACCCAAGAGAAGCUCUCCAAUAUUAUUUAUGCCUUCAUCCAGUCCGCCAGUGAAAAAAUUAACCCCGUCGCCACCCUCUGUGCCUCCUUUCCCAAUGCCAUUGGCUCUUAACCCUAUAUUAUCUGCCUUCCCGAGACAGACUUACAGAAAUCCAGGACUCCUACCCCUUUUACAGCCGGUGGUUGUACAGCCGGUUCAUGUACAGCCAUUAAUGUAUGCGCCUCAUCUUCAGCAGCCAAUCAUGGUGUCCACAGUUCUAGCAGAAGAGAUGGAAUGUCAAAGCAGCAAGCACAUACCUAUGACAGUCCCUGAGUGUUAUGAAAAGUCUCUAUUGAAGACCAUAAAAGUGGAGCCUGGUUUGGAACAUACGGUAACAGAACUUUACCCAGAACAAAUGUCACCUGGUAAUAGUACGCCUCCUAAAGGAAUAUUCCAUGAACAUCAUCCAUCAGUUAUUGUACACCCAGGAAAGAGGCCAUUACCAGUGGAGUCCCCAGAGACACAGAGGAAGAGAAGGAUACACAGAUGUGAUUAUGAUGGCUGCAACAAAGUUUACACAAAAAGUUCCCAUUUAAAGGCACACCGGAGGACACACACAGGGGAAAAGCCUUAUCAGUGUACUUGGGAAGGAUGCACAUGGAAGUUUGCCCGCUCUGACGAACUGACUCGGCAUUUCCGUAAACACACUGGAAUCAAACCAUUUCAGUGCCCAGACUGUGACCGUAGCUUUUCCCGCUCCGACCACCUUGCCCUCCACAGAAAGAGACACAUGCUUGUCUGA